GAGCAUCCAGCAAUGAAUGUAGAGGAUUCACCUGAUUUUGGCAAUCUCCCGAUUGUCGUUUGGAUUGGGGUAUUGGAAUAUUUGUCACUUAAAGACAGAUACAGUGCAUCUCUGGCGUGUUCAAACAUUUACAAUGCAUUUAAUCACCCCACACUAUGGCAGAAAGUAAAACUAGAUGUAGGGGGAAGCUCAGGAAAACACAGAUACUUCCACUUUGUUAAAAUUCCCAAAAGAAAUUUUCAUCUCGUUCGUCGAUUUGCAAAAAUGUUCCAUGACGUUACCUUUUGUAUUUGGGGACCAUUGCAUACAUAUUUCGGACAAUGGAACACUGUUUUAGAAGACAGCAUCAAGGAUUUUAAUUUGGGUCAUCUAACAUUAGACGUAGGUGGUUUGAGAAAUAUAUCAAAUGUAUCGGAAAUGAAAACUCGUACUGAAAAUAUGAAGCCUAUGGUAGACUUAGUUAGAAAUCAGUCGCAUUUAAAGACUCUUAUCGUAAAGUCAUGGCCAGUAUUUGCUAAAUCCUUACAGAAUCCUGAUGAAAAUAUAUUUCAAGCUGCUAUUGAAAAUGACAAAAUUAAAGAUCUGAGAAAACUAAGCUUAUUUAAAUGCGAGUCCACGGCUUGUUCUGUGCGUAGACCACAUUUAAUUUCAUCUGAGUUGACUUUGAAAUUGGUGGAUCAUUUCAAGAACUUGACACAUUUAGCCUUAAGAUCGCCUAUGAUCACGUCAGAUCUUAUCUCGAGUUUAUCAUGUAGGGUUAGAGAGAAGCUUCAACAAUUAGAUGUAACAAUAAAUUUUAUUCCUGAAGACGAAUCUUUCAAAAUGCCUGCAGUGAAUGAAUCAGUUUGGAAAGAUUUCUCAAAUUACAACACCAACGUGAAAGUGAAAGUUUUGGUUUUGUCAAGAGCACCGCAUUACAAACUAGAAUGUUUCCUAAGGCCUUCCUGUCCUCUCUAUGAAAUAAGGUUUGGAGAGUAUAUCAGAAGUGACAAGGAAUUUAUCUCUUACCUGGCAGAUUCUUUCAAUUCGACACUGGCUACAUUUGAAUACAAAGAAGAGGAUGGAGAUUUUGAAAGAGAACUAGUUACUCUUGUGGAAAACUCAGACCAACUAUGUAGGUUAAAAUACUGCGGGAAAAUUAACUGUCAGAAUGUUAUACAUCUAGCGGAACUAAGAAAAAAUAAUUGGGAGUCGUUUCACUUGAUUAGGAAGAACAUUUAUAAAAAGAAUGUCGAGAAGAAUCCGGAAAUGACCAAUGACAGUGACCAAGUAAUAGCGAAAAAUAAGGACGGAGUGUAUGUCCCUGUGGAUCUAGUGAAAUUUCACGAACAGGUUUCUAUGUUAGACCAUGAAGAAGAGGAACAGAUCAUGAUUGAGAAAGUGUCGGAAAAUUUGGGUCGAGAUUGGUUUCCUGAGGAGUUGGAUCAAUAA